AUGUCUCUCUCCUCCCCCGCAGAGGUCCGGGUGCAUCAGCCACCGGAGCUGAGGGCCUCCCUGGGGGGCUCCGUGCUCCUGAACUGCACCUUCUCCGCCGCCCCAAAGGCCUCCAAGCUGGCAGUGACCUGGGUGCGGAGCGCACCCGGUGGCAGUGGGGAGGUGCAGAUCUACCCCCCGCACCACCAGGUCACUGAGCUGCGCAGCCGCGUUGCCCUGGACUCGGGGCGCUUUCGGCACCAGCGGGACGCGUCCCUGCACCUGGCCAACCUCACCCAGCACGACGCCGGGCUCUACCGCUGCUUCAUCUGGACCUCGGCCACCAGCAGCCAUGCCGGCAACGGGACUGAACUCAGCGUCCUGGGGGAGAGACCAGGAUCCGGGGUGCAGCGCUGGGUGGCCUGUGGCCCCCUGGGAGUCCUGGCGCCUAUCCUGCUGGUCCUGCAUGCCAUGGUGUGCCGGGAGUGCCAGGGCCUGCGGCACCGUCGGAGGCACAUGAGGUCUGGUGCCCAGGGACAGGCUGGGGACCCGCAAUCACGGCCAACCCUUGGGCUGGCAGGGAAGGACGGAGCCCCCCGACCCCUCUGAUGGCUGGUCGGCCGCAGGGCACCAUCCCCUCCGCUCCGGGGCCCUCUUGUCCCCAGGGUCCCCUCCCUUGUUCCCGUGCAGUCGGCUGGGGGACAGCAGCGGCCGGGGAGGGAACCCCCGGGAGUCCCCUGGCAACCUGCGCCCUGGAAAGGAGAGAGGUGCCCGAUGGGAGGCGGCUGUGAGAUGAGGGGCCCGGGACGUGCGGAGGCUCUUUGGGAACCCGGGGGCCCAGCAGCUCUCGCUCCCCCGGGAGGGCAUUGAGCAGACGGUGCACAGGCUCCAUGUGGGCGAUGCCAUUCCCGCCACAGCCACACAGCCCCGCCGCAUGGUGCAGGGCCUGCCACCAGCAGCUCUCGCCCCCACAAGCCACAGCCCCAGAGCGCAGCCCGGCCUCCCCGCGUGGUCUGCAGCCUGCCGGGGAGCCUGUCUCUGCCGGGGGAACUGAAACAGAGCCACAUCUGCUCGCAGGGCCGGGAACAGCUCAGGGAUGAAAUAGCAGCCGAGGGGCACUGCUGAGGUCUGCCACGGCUGCAACCCCAGCGCUACGGGACGGACCGGGGGUCUUUGCAUCCUGUCAGGGCUGGAUUGCCGGUUAGGCACAGGAGGCACGUCCUAGGGGCGCCGGCAAAAGUUGCCAAGUACGUGCUCUGCUAGCCCAGCUGGGCUAUAUUCCGCUGUCCAUUGCUGCGGUUUUUUAGCAGUAGUGCACUGCGGCAUUUUAUUUUGCUGCCCUGUUGCCGCUGGCCACACUGCUGGGGACGUCUCAGGAGGGAGGGAGCCUCCGGGUCUGCCCCGCCCCCUGUGCUGACACCCCACACUCCACUUGUCCCACAUCGCGCCCCCGCCCCACAGCAAGCGCAGGGUUCUUGUCCGAGGGAGGCAGAAUUUUGUUUCUGCAGAAAAUAUGCUGCAGUUCUGCCUUUUGUCCACCAGAGGCGCUGCUGUGGUGCCAGACCAGCCUGAGCUGGCUGGUGUCUGUGUGUGUGGGUGGGGUGUGUGUGGGGGGCGUUUCUCUGACUGUAAUUGUGAGGAAGUGGGGAUUUUCCCUUGUUAUGUUGUAUGCAAGCCUAUGUGAGGCUUACUGCUUGGCAUGAAUGCUGUGUGUGCCUCAGUUUCCCUGUGUGCUGCACCAAUGUCCAGGUGGUGGGAAUAAGGGGGGGUGACUU